AUGCGCUACUCACCGUUUGAGGAUGACAGCGGUCAAAUGCACGAACCCGUUGAUGACAGCCAAGAGUAUCUUCCAGAUAUUGCGCCUUCGGACAACGAAGAAGAUGACGGACCCAUCCCUUCACUUCUGUCUCCAAAGCCGAGGGUCAUGGCACCAAGCGUGUCGAUCCCACGUCGUCGGGGACAAAGUGUAGAAGUAAGGAUACCUGCGAACAUUCCGAAGAGUGCACAAGCUGGAGCUCAAUCGGCAUCCUCGUCCAAGGCCUCUGGAAAGCAACGGGCUCCUGAAGGACGAAGGCCGAUGCCCAAUAAUGCAGAAUUCAGCUCCGAUGCGACUGCACCUACACAAGAAGAGGGUUCAGACGAGUCAGAACCUGGAACCCACAACUCGCACGACAUCAAGUAUACGAUCAAUCCUCAUGAGACUAGCCGGGGCACCAACUAUCACAUUACCUUCUCGGCUAGAGGAGUAUCUACAGAGACACGAAAAGUCGCCUUUGAGCAGAUCACAAAGCACAUGCGUAUCUGGAGUAGAUGGGCUAAGGCCGACUCUGCCGAUCGUCAGAGGGACUACAACAACAAGUUUGGCCGUUAUCUGAAGGCCAAGUUGAAGUAA